GUCUCUCGGGUAAUUCCCUUUCAUUACUUCCUCAUAACACAAACACUGUCACCAACAACACCGCCCAUUCUUUGAGCACUUACCGAGACAGAGAAUGGUGGAGAGGCACAGCUGGCCGGGCAGCCUCUGUGGAGGGUGGCACUGAGGCCACACGUAAGCGGGAUAUAGAGGCCAUGGCACGGAAGGAGGCGAGGAACCGCUACUUCAUCCUGCUUUUGGACUUCCCGGUACAUGACCGGGUGUUCCCGGCGGGGACGAUCGCCGCCAUUCCCGAGGAUGACUACGGGAGGGAGGGCGCGGAGAGCGAGGGCGAGGCGGGUCAGCGGAGGCUGAAGUUCCACCUGGUGGAUGCGGACGUGUGGCAGGUGCUCGAGGCCCAGACGCUGCGGCCGCUGACUGGCGUGCAGGCCGGCCUGCUGCAGGCCGUCAGCCCCUCCGCCAAACGCCUUCAACUGUACCUGGAUGACCCGGAGCUGGCGGAUGCCCAGCGCCUCAGCCUCUUCGACCCCGUCACCGUCAACCACCACGCUCUCACCCUGCCCGGCAUCAUUCGCUACAUCGGCACCAUCGUCUCCAGCCAUCUGCUCACCGGAACAUUCUUCGGCAUCGAGCUGCAGGUGGAUGCCGAUGUCGAUGGGCUGAACAGCGGGGAGUUUGGUGGCAGCCGCUACUUCCAGUGCAAGGAGAACAGCGGCAUCUUUGUGCCUUUCAACAAGGUGAAGCGGCGGUGGCGUGCGUGCCGGGAGCCCGUGACCCCCGCGGACCCGCAGGGCAGCUGCCCGCUCGCUCCUGGAGACAGCGUGGCCACCUACAUGGGGGAGGAUUUGCGGACGGGGACCCUGAUGGGCAUCUCGGACGGGGGUGCCACCAUCCUGGUCAACUUCGAACCGGACCCGUCCAAAGGAGAAGAACAGAGCUUGCUGUGCAAGGUGCCGCUGGACUCAAAGCGUGAAGCAGGAGCAGGGAGAGGGAGGCCCUGUGGACCCCUCCAGGGGGCAGA